AAAAUACAUAUAUUUAGAUGUACACUGUAUAUAGCACAGUGAUUCGUUUAUUUUUACUAAAUUGGGAAUACAGAGAAAUAAAAAAGAUUAACGUCUCUUGAUACUUACUGUGUGUUGGGGGUCGCAGAUACAUCUGAAGAGAGAUUUCAUCUGCAACUUGGCUUUUGAGUUUGUCUGUGAUGUCAAUGGCAAGGGUGGAACUAAGGCAUUUAAACAUGAAUAUGUUUGUUUUUCCGUCACAUUCUAAUAUUUUUUUUCUACUCAGUUUAAACUUUUUUAUUGGGAUAUAAAAAUAUUAGUUUAUAAUUUGUUUCUUGGUUUUACAUGUUAUGUAGGGAUACUUACGUUACUAUAAUCUUUUUUCUUUUCUUUUGAUUACUUCAUUUACCGUUAGAUCUAUCGAAUAAAAAUAACUACGUUUUAAUUUCUCGCGAGAUUUGCAUCAAACAGUUUUAAAAGCGAGCAGCAGCGUUCAACAAACCCUGUUUAAAAUGGCUAACUAAGUUCCGAUUGAAGGUAAACGUAAAUAAAUAAAGCAAUUUCCGCCGCUGCUGCAUUUACAGGCACCUGCCAUACAGCGCAAACCUUUUGAUUCAGUGUGUGUCGAUUCAGCACAAAUUCAGCAGAAAAAAAGCAUUUAUUCCAGGCAGCCUCAAAAAUGUCAUGGCGGCCCAGAGAAACUGUUAACUCCUGACAUUUCCAUUGGUGAACGUGGAGGCCACCGCUUCCAUAACAUGGCAGCGCUGCGUACAUUAUUAUUGUCAAGAGUGUUUUUUUACUCUAAAAGACAUAAAGCAUCGUGGCGGCGGUGCACGUGCGCUCGGUACGACCGAGAGGGGCUACAAAACGCACAGAUGCGCCGUUUAUAAAGGCAGGGUUUACUUUGACUUGACGUGAAGUGGUGUCGUCCAGACAUGGUGGUCUGGAGGGGGGAUGCACUCACUUCUUGUGACUGUGUGAGCAUGAGUUGGAUUGAGUUAGGUUGCCACUUCUCUCCAGAUGAGUUUCGCCGAGUUUACAUCCGGGUUUUUCCCUAGGCAAUGGGAGUCGCACUACCGCCGUUCCUUAGGCAAAGUGAAAUAAAUUCGCCGCACCGUCACAAAAAAUAGUCCUCUUCCCAAACACGUUUUGUGGAAACUUUACGUCUACUUUUACGUCGAGCAUUCUCACUUUAGGGAGAAUCGCGACGUUUCCGAGUCGCUUGGGUGCAUGUUUGUGAGCAUCUGUGCUUCUUAAACCCCACUUUUCCUACCCCCUCGUCUCCCUCUUCCUGCGCGGAUGAAUCGUUGGGUGCUGCGGCUGUGGUGAAUGAGAUUGAAGAAGAGUUCUUGUUUUGUAUCUCAGUUUCUCUCUUUUUUAUGCGCGCAAAUUAAAUUUAAACAAACAAAAAAUAAGGUCGGCUCACGUAGUUAAUUUCGGACCGGCGUACCGCUACAGCUAUGUGAGGGAUCGCGUCGGAGGAUCUUUGCCGAGAUCUCGGCGUGUUUGUAAAUAUUUAUUUAAAUAAUUUGUGGGGAGAGAGAGAGAGAGAGAGAGAGAGAGAGAGAGAGAAGCACUACUGCUCAAGUGAGUAGAGGAGGGGAGUUGGAGAGAGAGUACGAACAUAGUCUCAGUGCCAGCUGGACAGGCUGAAAGUUUCCUGAGACUCUUUCCAGCGAACUGGAUCAAUGAUGGAAUUGCAAACAUUACAGGAGGCCCUGAAAGUGGAAAUACAAGUCCAUCAGAAACUUGUUGCCCAGAUGAAGCAGGACCCACAGAAUGCCGAUCUGAAAAAGCAGCUUCACGAGCUCCAGGCGAAAAUCACGGCUCUGAGUGAGAAACAGAAAAAAGUGGUCGAGCAGUUGCGAAAAGAGCUGCUGGUAAAGCAGGAGCCCGAACUGAAGCCCCAGAUCCUUACGACAUCUGCAGACGGUAAAACCGUGCUGCUCACGCCUGCCUGCCUCCCUUCGCAGCCGCAGACGGGGCCUCCGCACCACCAGGGGGCAAUACAGAAGACUCUAACCGUGACGCCGGUCAUCACCGCAAAGACACUACCUCUCGUGCUGAAAGCUGCCGCCUCCACCAUGCCUGCUUCCAUGGCAACGCAACGCCCCACCGUAGCCAUGGUCACUGCCAUCAGCAACUCCCCCAGACCCGGCGCCAAUUCCAACUCGCAGAGCACACCAAUCAACCUUCAGGUGGCCGGCAAAUUACCCAAUCAGGACACAGAUGCCGCCACGCGGAUCGUGUCGAAGAAUGUCAUUGUUGUGCAGGCCACCACCACCUCUGCCCAGCCUAUCAAAGUUCCCCAGUUUGUCCCUCCUCCUAGACUGACGCCUCGACCCACCUUUCAGCCACAGGUUCGACCGAAACCCCCCAUGCCCAACAACGUGCCCAUCGCUCCGGCCCCGCCUCCCCCCAUGGUGGCGGCUCCUCUGAUCCAGCGGCCCCUGAUGCUCGCCACCAAGCUGACGUCAUCAUUGCCUGCCUCCGCCGGGCCCAUCCACCAGGUGCGCAUCGUGAACGGACAGCAGUGCGCCACGGUCGAGAAAGCCGUGCUCGCUGGCGGCACAGCGCAAGUCACAGGAAUAGUCAUCAGCCCGGCGCAGACACUUCAGAUCAGCAACCUUUACUCAGACGCAAAGACUGUGAAACCGCAGGGAGGAGUAGAACAGGUGGUCUCCAGCAAACCACCCUCCACCUUGCCUCCCCUUCCUCCCGCUAAGGUCAAACGAGAGGAAAGCCCGCAGGUACCGCGCGCCUCCAAUGAGAAACUUGCCUUUAUGGUGUCUCUCGGGUUGGUCACACAUGAUCACCUUGAAGAGAUUCAGAGCAGAAGACAGGAACGCAAGAGGAGGACAACAGCCAACCCGGUGUACAGCGGAGCGGUGUUCGAACCCGAGAGGAAAAAGAUUGCGGUUACGUAUUUGAAUACUCCGCUGCAUCAAGGCACCAGGAAGAGAGGUCGCCCUCCCAAAUACAGCACCACCAACACAACCAGCGGCAGCACGGAGCUGGGCUGCAACCCCCUGCUCUCCCCUACCAGCAGCCUUCCCGACUCCCCGGCCCCCGAGCGGCCUGACACGGGGGGCUUUCCCCUCCCUGUCCACCCUCAUUCUCUCCCCCAGCCCAGCCCCAGCUCCGGGGAUGGAGACGUCCACGAGGAUUUCUGCACUGUGUGCAGACGCAGUGGACAGUUGCUUAUGUGUGAUACGUGUUCGCGUGUCUACCACCUCGACUGCCUGGACCCGCCCCUCAAAAACAUUCCUAAAGGCAUGUGGAUCUGUCCAAAAUGUCAAGACAAGAUUCUCAAGAAGGAAGAGGCCAUUCCCUGGCCGGGAACCCUAGCCAUCGUGCAUUCCUACAUUGCUUACAAAGAAGCGAAAGAAGAGGAAAAGCAAAAAUUAAUGAAAUGGAGUGCUGAGCUAAAGUUGGAACGAGAGCAACUAGAGCAGAGAGUCAAACAACUCAGCAACUCUAUAACAAAAUGCAUGGAGAAAAAGAACGGUAUCCUGGCCUGUCAGAAGGAGAUGCAGGUCUCUCUGGAGAAGGUGAAACACCUGAUCCGUCUCAUCCAGAGCUUUAAUAUGUCUCAGACCACAGAGACGGACGUCCCACAGGAUUCCAAACCGGACUGCACUGAGUCAGAACCCAUCAAAGACCCCACACACUCGACGCAGGUGUGCGUACAGGAGAACCCCGCCGAGCCCAGCGUGCAGGUCCCGGUUGCCGUAGCAGUCCCAGAAGUGCAGACGGAGCCCGAGGUUGGAGAAAUGGCAGAGCCGGCGGCCGCGGUCACACCAGAGGCUGUUGCGAGUGAAUCGGGAGUCGCGGGAACGCCCGAAACCACAGUUGGCGAGGAGAUGACGAGCGUGGCAACAACAGCAGAGCCGGAGGAGUCGACUCAAGUCAGAGACGUUAAGACCAACGGGGGGACGGACUGCGUUUGUACCGGCUUGAACGAGGAGAGCGGGGCUGAUGUCGCGGACUCUGAAAACAUCCCGCCUAAUGACGGGAGCUGUGCAGAAGAUUCUGGGAAGAUGGAGGUGGCCAGGCAAGAAGACGGAAGUCACGGCCUCAACAACAACAACGGCAAAACCUCAGAACCUUCCCAGCAGGCUUUGCCAGCCCCGCUAAGCAGUGUGGACAACCCCAAAUAGUUCUCAGACUCGCCGUUAACACACUUACAUCACCAAAACAUUUCAAACAGAUCGCACCUUGGACCGGUGCACAAAGUUGCCAAUCUAUACGUAUAUAUAUAUAUUAUACAUAUAUAUAUUAUAUAUAUCCAAAUAAAUGUUGUUGGGUUUUUUUCUUUAUUACAUAUGGUAAAACUGUGUCAGCAGUUCUUCUACAACCAAGACAAAACAAGUCUUUAUUCUUGAAGACCAACAGCGCCCAAAGGUCUGGGUGAAAAGGGUGACUUAUGAAAGAGUGUCAUGCCAAUUAUUAGAUUAUAAAAAAGAUAAUAGUAGUUUAACUAAUAAUAAUAAUAAUAACAAUAAUAAUGAUGAUGGUGAUAAAGAUGACGAUGGAUAAUUUAUCACAUCAGACCAGUGUGUGCCUCCAGCAUGGGGUUUGUUUCAUAGAUUGUCUUCUCCGGGGUGAGAAAGCCGGGCGGACGUGUCCAAAGACUGCGCCUGACACCCCGUUCACCUCCAGGCUUGAGUGGACCGACAAAACCAAAAGCUUCUUUUUCCAAGCAGGACAAAAAACAAAGCAUCAGUAUUGUGGGUUCGACUAAAUCAGGACAUGACCAGGACCGCCUAUAGCAACCCCAUGUUAUUUCUCUCCUCCACCUGUUGGCAUUUCCCAGUUCGAAGUAUGAAGCGUCCCAUUUCGAAGUCAUCUCAGGCUAACCAGCGGCAGAGCGCAAGGCAAAGCCCCGCAAGGUCUUUGAUAAAGGGCUGGACAAGCAAGCAACGCCAGACGCCUCAUCUCGGUAACCGCAUCAGUUCUCGCGUGGUAGAUUAGCUUGACGAACGCUGUUGGUUGUUCCGUCUUGUUCUGAAAUCAGUGUGUCUGGAUGCUGUUUGUAGUUUUAUUUUGAGGAAGAAAAAAGACAUGACAGUGUCUGUAUCUGAGGAGUAUUUCUUGUUUUUAUAGGAGAAUAUAUUCAGGUCUUCCUAGUCUGCAUUGAAAAAUAAGUGCUUUUCUGUUUCACGAAACAGUCAUUUGUUAUCAAAGGUGUUUAAAAAUGGCACGAGUUAUGCGGGAGGCUUUCUCCACCUCACAGGGAAGCCCGUUGCUUAACGACUGUCUGUUUCCAUUUCAAGAACUGCCAAAUGGUUGUUUUAAUCUAAAAUAAUGGAUAGAUCCUUGUGCGUUUUAGUCUAGAAUAUGAUGGAAACGUCCCAUCCCUGCGUUCCCGAAAACGUUUUCUGAGAAAAACAAUAAUGACAAUAUGUCACAAUUUGCUGUCUUAAACUCGAGGGUUUGAUAUAUGAGCCAAAUUUAGUAAUAAGGAAAUGACAGACAACCCUUCAAUUAAAGCACAAGCUUUAUUGCGGAUAACUGAAGCAAACGCACUAAAGGCUUUCCGUUCGGUGGAGCGAAAUUUUCAAAUCUCUGUUUGCUUUUACAACGCUUGCCAUGUAACCCGAUGGCUGACGUCUUCAUGUUGCACAGAUUCUUAACCCGUCCUUUCGUCUUAACAGCAAUGCACGGCUGGCACCUCUUUUACGUCUUACAUGUCAGGCCAUUCCAAAAUGACAUAUCCCUUUUUAUAUUUGUGGUGAGCGCCACUCAGGCUAGGAUUAAACAAUUUACGCAUAUCAAAUUCCACGUGUUUGUUUAGGAAAGGUGCACCGAUUUAUCCAAACGAAUGAUGCAUAGCUAAUUCUGACUGUUGAGAUAUAACCUACCAAAAUACAGAUGAUAUACAUACAUAGAUUGUUUUUCCGUUAAGUUGAGGUUUGUCCUGUUCAGUCUUAAGUUCGUGGCUUUAAACCCAGUUUGGCGUUGGAGUUUUGGUGAGGGUUAUAUCUAUAAUGUGCUGCAAUUCCUCACAAUCUACUGUGAACAUUUACAUCAUCUUUAAUACAUUCCCAUAAUGCCCUGUUACCCUUUGAGCCAGGAUUGGGUAGGAUGGAUAAACAUUCAUAUCAGCGACGGUUAUUGUGGCAUACUGAAUAUUCAAGGCCUUUCAGAAGUCACCGUUGUCAGUCUAGACAGAAUCUUUUACACCUUCCUGUACAGGUGCCCAGAGUGCCUUCAACCUUUUACAUACUAUAAAACCCCCUCAAACCUUCACGAUUGUCACUAAAACAAUGGAAAGAAACCAGACGCAUUUAUCUCAUUCACUCUCUAUUAAACGUCAUUUAGUUCGAUUUGAAGCACAUUUGCAGUUUGUAAUUUCAUUGGUUUAAGUGAACUGGUUGUAGUGAUGUGCUUGUAUUGGUCUGGUCCUGUCUGUCUUUAUUAAGCCCCUGUAGUUAUCUGCUGUGACGUUAAACAUCCCCACUAGAGAAUAUAUUUUGGUUACGUUGCCUUGAACAAAAGAGUUUUAGUAAUCGCACAAAAUUGGUCUGUAAAAAUGUUCCCUACGUUUCAGUGAAUCUCCAGAACAUUAAGUGUGUUAACAUUUUUGGAUUCAUUCAUUGGGGCACGUCUGCUGAAAAAAAUGACAUUACAAAGUUAUGCUUUCUGUCUUUAUGCACUUUUUGGAAUGUCCUAAGUAUUACUCCGUUUUGUUUGCUUAAAUAUGUUGAAGUGUGUGCUCGUUUUGAGUUCUCUGUCAGUGUAAAAUUCAGGAUGUCGCUUUUUUUCUCGCGUAUCACCAGGACUGUUCAGACCGGUGACUGUUAUGUCACAACUCUGCUUUUAAGACUACAUGCAACUUUCCUUAUCCCAUCUUUGUCUCUCCUUUAGUCACAGAGUUAGAAUAUUGGUACCUGAAUCAGGUAUUUGGACUUCAGUUGUUAGCAAAGCUGAUCAACGAAAACCUGCAAUCUGAUUGGAUACUUUCAAAAUCCCACACCACCACCACCUGUCCGAUCGGUUCGACCAAUAGCAUGCCUUCUUAUGCAAAUAUUUUAUAUGAGUUUUGUCGGACCUUUUUGAUAUGCAUUUAGUUUUGAGUUUAUUUUGUGACGAUUUUCAUGUGAACUUUACUUUUCACACGUCUGGCAAAAACCAUGCCAAAAUGAAAAUGUAUACAUAUGUACAUCUUUUAAAACACUGUAUUCGGUUUACGUUUCAGUUAUGAACAAUAGACAUUUUCACAAAGGCAUCUGUUGGAUAUAGUUCAUUCAUGUACAGUUACAAAUAGGUUUUCUUUGCUGGCCAUACUACUGGGCUGUUGUACGGAAAAAAACGUGUAUGAAUCUUAUGGACCGUUACUUUCUGCCUUCGCUAGCACACCAUGCUGAAUGUUAUUGUUAUCUUGGGGCGCCGGGUGUGUUGUGAGAAGAUAUUUAUGGUCUUACGUGCAUGUCGUGGGUGGGGCGUAAAGAAGAAAAGGGGCGGGAACUUCUGAAAGCCACGCAUUCAAGCAUCCAAGUUCUUAAGUAUACCCAAAGAGAUUGCUAUUAGGGAGACUUUUUUUAUACUGUAUACAUUCGAGAUCCGGUACAUAUCAUUGAAAAUCUUUCCGUCACUGUUGUUUUCUGCUCUAGCUUAUAGCGCUGAUGUGUAGGAAGUGCUUUCCACCAGCUUAUGUCUGACAUUCUGUAUGGCUUUGCAAUUUUGAUUUUGGUGCGAAAGGUGCCGGUGUACAUUUAUGCAUAAGACUGAAAGACUUUCAGAUCCAUUCCAGUUCAUCCUGUCACCUUGAUCUUAAUAGUGUGUAGAUCAUCUUUAUUCUUUUUGGUGCGUUGCAAUUCCACAGUGACAAAGAGGUCAUUGUAGUUUCAGUGUAGGUUUUGUUCAAUUUUCAUACUAUUUACUCGAGUCAUGAUUGUGGCCUUCUUGUACUGUUGAUGCAUUUCAUUUCUAUUGUUGUGACUUCCCUGGUGUUGUGCACUGUGUGAGUGUGUUUGAGAAGGUGUGUGUGUGUGUGUGUUACCUCAUCUACAGUCAACUGUUCAAUUGGAAAACAUUUUGUUUACGCGUGCAAAAAAAAUCUUCCACUUGAUGAAACACAAAACAGGAUACAUUGUAGCGAGUUAUAAAAAAAAAAAGUUCACCUGGUGUGCUGAACUAAGUGUAAAUGGUUUAUUACACAAUAUGAAUAUUUGUAAAAUUGUUUGUAUUUUUUCAUAAUGAUUUUAAAAAGGAGUGCGUUUAUUUUUUGACUUCUUUCUGUUACAGAACUCUCUCUCUCUCUCUCUCUGCUCUUUUUUCCUUGUUUGUUCACCUGACAUUGUAAGUGAGUCAGUUGGGUCUUACCUCUCUCCUGUAUUGAGCCUGUGAUGAGUCUUUGUAUGCAGUGUUUUGAAAAUACUGUAGGGAACAUGGGAAGAAAUUGAUAUUAGGAGCAUUUGAUCAAUUUGUAUUUAUUUAUUUUAUCAUUUUGUUAAUAAAUCGAUAAAGAAC